CCUCUGGCCACAUCCCCUCGAGCAGCUUUCUGCGGUCCAGUGUGAAGAUCGUUUGCCGCCGCUAGCUAAUUCCAGCAAGCGCUGUUAGACCGUUUUGGCAGUGGUUGCACAGAGCAGCUCCUCAACCCCACCAUUUCAUCACCACGCUUCCCAAUCGCCCAGCGCGCCAACCUCAAGCCAUUGUCGUCCUACCCCCCUCCAAAUCACCCCACCGGCCCUCCAGCUCCCACAGAGGAGACGCAGAAAUAAUAAGCCCAGGGAGUGCUCGCAGACUUGAUGGAGCUUGUCCGGCUACUGGCCGCAUCGCGAUUGCCUUGAAGACGUCACCGUCUUCAACAGCUAGCGAUAGCCAGUAUGCCUGAGAGGGUUGAUGAAGGAGUUGGCAUAGCCCAGGACAACAACAGGAGCCCGCGGGAUGUGCAAGAGGUUUCACGAGCACUGCUGAGGAGCGAGCAGGCGAAGCGAUGGACCAAGAGGUAUCGGACAGAGGUAGCUGCCAGCUCGAGCAGUCUGCUCUCUACGUUUGUCGCCUAUCCCCUUGAUUCUGUGAAAACUCGCCUGCAAGCCUAUAAAUUCCACUCUUUCUCCGACUGCGUCCGCCAGACAUACAGGACAGAAGGCUUUCAUGGAUUCUGGCGUGGCGUUUGGUCUCCCCUAGCAAGCAUUACUCUCGUACGCACGGUUUCGUUCUCCAUCUACCAGAAGUCCAAAUAUGCGUUGGACGAGUGGAUCUAUCGGGCUACUGGCAGUUCUCCCCUCGUCAUUGCAAAUACCAGAGAUGCGCUACCUACCUUAUCGACGAUCGCAUGUUUUGGGCUCGCGGGUGCCACGGCUGGAGCUGUCAUAACUACCAUUGCAUGUCCUUUUGAGCUGACGAAACUGAGCGCCCAAAUCUCUGUUCUGAUGGCUGAUACCAAGGAUAGCGACCACAAGAAUGAUGCAGUGCGAAAGAGCUAUCAGAAUCUGGGAACCUUUCGUACAGCGCAGAAGUUAAUUCAGCACAGAGGUUACAUGGGUCUUUACUCGGGAUUUCAUUUGCAUAUGCUUCGUGACACCAUCGGAACUGGCAUCUACUUCGUUACCUACGAAAGUGCAAAGCAACUCCUCGCCAACGCUCGUGGGGCCUCCCCAACCACUCCUUUGGCUGUCGUUAUUGCUGGUGGCUUGUGUGGGCUUGUCAGCUGGGCAUGUAUCUUCCCCAUUGAUACCGCCAAGAGCAUCUACCAGCGAAAUUGUCUGAUCAGCGGCAAAGACAAAGCCAACCGGCCAAAGAUCCAGUUCUUCAACCCACGAAUGUAUCGCGGCCUCGGGGUAUCCAUGAGUCGAUCCUGCGUUGUAAAUGCCAUUUUCUUUUCGGCGUUUGAGUUUUCCAAGAAGCGCGUCAACCAAUUGACGGUUGACGAGGAGUUGCUUCAUGAGAACGACUUCUAGGGGCGGCAGCGGCUUCUUCGGUGCUUUUAUCUCGGGAGUUUUCUUACCCGCGAUCUAGCUGAGCAUUGGGCAUGGUGUUAGUCGGAAUAGGCGCUUUGUGUAAUCUAUGGGGGCUUUGGGCUACACUGGCAUAGCAUUGAAUCAUAUAAGGCAGACAGGAGGUUCUGCAUUUCCCGG